AUGUCAUCAAUUCCACCACCUCCCCCGCCUGGAUGGAGCUCUUCUGCGCCUCCAUCCAUGCCUUUGGGCGCGCCACCUGGUGCUCCUCCUCCUCCAGGUUAUCGACCACCGGCGGAUCCACAUGUUGCGAAGUUUGCACAGAAGAAGAAGGAUUGGUUACGAACACAGCGAAAUCGAUUCGGCGAAAAACGAAAGGGUGGUUUUGUAGAAACUCAGAAAGCUGAUAUGCCACCAGAGCAUCUGCGAAAGAUCGUUAAGGACAUUGGAGAUGUAUCACAAAAGAAAUUCAGCAGUGAUAAACGAAGUUAUCUCGGUGCACUCAAAUUCAUGCCACAUGCCGUGAUGAAAUUGCUGGAGAACAUGCCAAUGCCUUGGGAGUCUGCGAGGGAGGUUAAGGUGCUGUACCACGUCAACGGUUGUCUGACUUUGGUUAAUGAAAUACCAAGAGUUAUCGAACCAGUGUUUCAUGCCCAAUGGGCUACGAUGUGGAUUUGUAUGAGAAGAGAAAAGAGUGAUAGACGGCAUUUCAAGAGAAUGAGAUUUCCGCCAUUCGAUGACGAAGAACCACCCCUUUCGUGGUCGGAGAAUAUCGAAGAUGUCGAACCACUGGAACCAAUUCAACUGGAACUCGAUGAAGGAGAGGAUGCUGCUGUCUUAGAAUGGUUCUACGAAAAUCGACCACUACUUGACACGCCACAUGUCAACGGCCCGAGUUAUAAGGAGUGGAACCUUACUUUACCUCAAAUGGCGACUUUAUAUCGAUUGAGUCGACAAUUACUGAGUGAUUUGGUCGACAAGAACUACUUUCACAUGUUCGAAUUGAAGAGCUUUCAAACAGCCAAAGCUUUGAAUGUUGCAAUUCCUGGUGGUCCACGUUUUGAACCUCUGUACAAAGAUGUGGAUCCUAACGAUGAAGAUUUCGGAGAGUUUAAUGCAAUCGAUCGCAUCAUCUUCCGAGCUCCAAUUCGAACAGAGUAUCGUGUAGCAUUUCCUUACUUAUACAAUUCACUACCUCGUAGCGUUAAGCUUUCCUGGUUUUCGCACCCGCAAGUGGUAUAUGUUCGUGCUGAGGAUCCAAGUUUACCGGCAUUCUAUUUCGAUCCCGUUAUCAACCCAAUAUCUUCCAGAUCUGUUGCCCCCAAAAACAUCACCAUCAGUCACGAAGACGAAAUAUUUGGUCCAGGUAGCAAUGAAGAGCCAGAAGAAGACGCUUUCAGACUACCAGGCGAUGCUGAGCCAUUUCUCGCGGACGAGGAGUUAUACACUAGCGAAACAGCUUCAGCCAUUUCCCUGUGGUGGGCACCUUUCCCGUUCGAUCGAAGAUCCGGUCGCAUGGUUCGGGCACAAGACGUACCUCUAGUUAAGCAGUGGUAUCUUGAGCAUUGCCCUCAAGGUCAGCCAGUAAAGGUUCGAGUUUCAUACCAGAAGCUUCUGAAGACUUAUGUCUUGAACGAGCUGCAUAAGAGGAAGCCAAAAGCACAAAGUAAACAAAGCUUGAUGAAAUCGUUGAAGCAAACGAAAUUCUUCCAGCAAACAACAAUUGAUUGGGUUGAAGCUGGACUUCAAGUCUGCAGGCAGGGUUUCAAUAUGUUGAAUCUUCUCAUUCAUCGCAAGAACCUUACAUACUUACAUCUUGAUUAUAAUUUCAAUUUGAAGCCUGUCAAGACACUGACAACAAAGGAGAGAAAGAAGUCUCGAUUCGGAAAUGCGUUCCAUCUGAUGCGUGAGAUUCUGAAAAUGACAAAGUUGAUUGUUGACGCACAAGUUCAGUAUCGUCUUGGCAAUAUCGACGCUUUUCAACUUGCAGAUGGUAUUUUAUACGCUUUCAAUCACGUCGGUCAGCUGACUGGAAUGUACCGCUAUAAGUAUAAGCUGAUGCAUCAAAUUCGUUCGUGUAAAGAUUUGAAGCAUUUAAUCUAUUAUCGAUUCAACUCUGGGCCAGUAGGCAAAGGACCUGGUUGCGGCUUCUGGGCACCUGCUUGGAGAGUUUGGCUCUUUUUCAUGCGUGGUAUAAUUCCAUUACUUGAAAGAUGGCUUGGAAACCUCCUUUCUAGGCAAUUUGAAGGACGUCACAGUAAAGGUGUUGCAAAGACAGUUACAAAACAACGUGUAGAGUCGCACUUUGAUCUUGAAUUGCGAGCAUCGGUUAUGGCCGAUCUUCUUGAUAUGAUGCCGGAGGGUAUUAAGCAAAACAAGGUUCAGACUGUACUUCAACAUCUUUCAGAGGCAUGGAGAUGCUGGAAGAGUAAUAUUCCUUGGAAGGUUCCGGGUUUACCAGCACCUAUCGAGAAUAUCAUUCUUCGUUAUGUGAAGAGUAAGGCGGAUUGGUGGAUUUCCGUCGCUCACUACAAUCGUGAGCGUAUUCGCCGGGGAGCAACUGUCGAUAAAACAGUUGCAAAGAAGAACCUUGGUCGUCUCACGAGACUUUGGCUCAAGGCCGAACAAGAGAGACAACACAAUUAUAUGAAGGACGGCCCAUACGUCUCUUCUGAAGAAGCUGUCGCCAUCUAUACAACCACUGUUCAUUGGCUGGAGUCACGAAAAUUCUCGCCCAUUCCAUUCCCCAGUGUUUCAUACAAGCACGACACCAAAAUCCUUAUCCUUGCGUUGGAACGACUUCGUGAAGCAUACUCUGUCAAGGGACGACUAAACCAGAGCCAGCGUGAGGAAUUGGCCUUGAUUGAGCAAGCUUAUGAUAGUCCUGGAACUACUUUGGAGAGAAUCAAGCGCUUCCUACUAACACAGAGAGCUUUUAAGGAAGUCGGAAUUGAUAUGAACGACAAUUAUAGCACGAUUAACCCUGUGUAUGAUAUCGAACCCGUGGAGAAGAUCAGUGAUGCCUAUCUAGACCAAUACCUCUGGUAUCAAGCCGAUCAACGCCAUCUUUUCCCAGCCUGGAUCAAGCCUUCCGAUUCCGAAGUCCCACCCUUGUUAACCUACAAAUGGGCUCAAGGUAUCAACAACCUCGACAAAGUUUGGGAGACUGCAGAUGGAGAGUGCAACGUCAUGAUCGAAACACAACUAUCUAAGGUGUAUGAGAAGAUCGAUCUGACUCUUCUUAAUCGUCUACUUCGACUCAUUAUGGAUCACAAUCUGGCUGAUUACAUAUCAUCUAAAAAUAACGUUCAACUGACCUACAAAGACAUGAAUCACGUGAACAGCUACGGAAUGAUCAGAGGUCUUCAAUUCUCGGCUUUCGUUUUCCAGUACUAUGGACUUGUUCUCGAUCUCUUAUUACUUGGUCUACAGCGCGCUAGUGAAAUUGCCGGUCCACCAGCAGGUCCUAACGACUUCCUUCAAUUCCGCGACCGCGAGACGGAAACGAGACAUCCCAUUCGUCUAUAUACUAGAUAUAUUGAUCGCAUUUGGGUAUUCUUCCGCUUCUCGGCUGAUGAAUCACGCGAUCUCAUCCAGCGUUUCCUUACAGAGCAACCGGAUCCUAAUUUCGAAAAUGUAAUCGGCUACAAGAACAAGAAAUGUUGGCCAAGAGAUUCUAGAAUGCGUCUUAUGAGACACGAUGUCAACCUGGGACGUGCUGUCUUUUGGGACUUGAAGAACCGCUUACCAAGAUCUGUUACUACAAUCGAAUGGGAUGAUACUUUUUCAAGUGUAUACAGCCGAGAUAACCCUAAUUUACUUUUCUCUAUGUGCGGUUUCGAAGUUCGAAUUCUCCCUAAGAUUCGUAACCAAAAUGACGAAUUCCCGGUCAAGGACAGCGUCUGGUCCUUGGUCGAUAAUACCAGCAAGGAGAGAACGGCGCAUGCAUUCUUGCAGGUAACCGAGGAGGACAUUGCCAAAUUCAACAAUCGCAUUCGUCAAAUUCUGAUGUCCUCAGGUUCGACUACAUUCACGAAGAUCGCUAAUAAGUGGAACACUACUUUGAUCGCCCUCUUCACAUACUAUCGUGAAGCAGCUGUAUCCACGGUCAACUUGCUAGAUACCAUUGUGAAAUGUGAAACGAAGAUUCAGACCAGAGUUAAGAUCGGUCUUAAUUCUAAGAUGCCUUCUCGUUUCCCUCCUGCGGUUUUCUACACCCCUAAGGAACUUGGCGGUCUCGGUAUGAUAUCUGGAUCACAUAUCCUCAUUCCUACAAGUGAUAAAAGAUGGUCCAAGCAAACCGAUGUUGGUGUUACGCAUUAUCGUGCAGGCAUGACUCAUGACGAAGACACUCUUAUUCCUAAUAUUUUCAGAUACAUCAUACCAUGGGAAGCAGAAUUCAUUGACUCUCAGCGUGUGUGGACUGAAUACUCUCAGAAACGUCAAGAGGCAAAUCAACAAAACCGAAGAUUGACACUGGAGGAUCUUGAAGAUAGUUGGGAUCGUGGAUUACCUCGUAUUAACACUCUUUUCCAAAAGGAUAGGAGCACUUUGAGUUUCGACAAAGGAUUCCGCGCGCGUACCGAGUUCAAGACAUACCAACUUAUGAAGAGUAAUCCAUUCUGGUGGACUAGUCAACGUCAUGAUGGUAAAUUGUGGAACCUUAACGCCUAUCGUACCGACGUUAUUCAAGCGCUUGGUGGUGUCGAAACCAUUCUUGAACACACACUCUUUAAGGCGACAGCAUUUCCAUCCUGGGAGGGCCUAUUUUGGGAAAAAGCGUGUCUUGCUUGGGAUACGAGAGUCUUACGAUACGACGGUAGCGACGUCGUCGUUCAGGACGUUAAGGAAGGGGAUCUACUUCUCGGUCCGGACGGCGAACCCCGUCGAGCCUUCAAUAUCGUCAGUGGCAAAGACAGGCUUUACCGAAUCAAGGUCGGUUCACGUAAAGAAGACCUCGUUGUCACGGGAAACCAUAUUCUAAUCCUCCACCGGGAGAAAGGAGAAGAAGAGAUCGAGGAUGGCAACGACGAGGGAGAAAAUACACUGACUCUCCAGAAUUUCCAAAUUACCGCAUCCCGAGACGUUUCCUCCACCGAACGCUACGACACAGUUCUAAUGACAGCAACCCAGUUCGCAGAAUUGGACGAAAAUGAGAGAUCUAAGCACAGGCUCUUUCGUUCUCCUGGGUUCGAGUUGCCCGAGCAAGAUGUCCCGGUCAACCCCUACUUUCUUGGUCUCUGGUUAGGAGAUGGCAGCCGUAGCUCGACCACAAUCUUCAGUAAUCACGAGCACGAAGUCAGGGAGUUUCUCGUUUCUCAUGCUGCGGAGUUAGACCUUCACCUUGUUUGGCACGGAAGCCUCUCAUAUCCGACUGUUGCCAGUACUCGCAUUGCUAACAGACCCUUGCCAAAAGCCAAUAUCGACGUCGUCGAUGUGCAGAAGCUUGUCGAUGGCAUGGAUAACUUAACUUCAUCGCCUAUUCCUUCAUCACCACCCGUUAUUCCAGCUGACUCGAUUCCAACUGAAGCUCUGCCACAGCUUAGAUCCGAUAGAGGCAUUAUGGAAAUGGCUGGCCCGUCUAUAGUCCCCGAAGAACCUGUAGAUGUCAAUGAUAUGUCCGAAGAUGAGGAAGAUGAGCUCGAUAUGGAACUUAUCGAGACAAUUAGCGACGACGAGGAUGAUAUCACUGAGUACCAAGCCGAAAAUGACGAAGAACCCAGCGACCGAACUGGGAAUAUUAAUCUCUCGGAUGACUCUGUCUCUCAACGACGAAUCCAUCGCUUACAAAGUGGACGUCGAGCAUACGGUGACUUGCAGCCUGAAGAGCAAGACCAGCUCCUGAGUCAGAUAAUCGACACGGUCGAUUCUCCAGCCGGUUCGUUCGAUCCUUCGGUCGGUCGUAAAACAGGUGUUAAUACCCUUCUACGUGCCCUCCAACAGCUUGGUGUGUCUUGUAAAACUACUGGACCCGAGGCUCACAAGAAGCACAUCCCGUCGAUUUACAUGAAGAACACGCGCGAAGUUCGUCUCGCUGUUCUUGCUGGUCUGAUUGAUUCUGACGGCUGGUACGUAUAUCCCGAAAAUAUGCUUGGGUUCGCACAGAGGCAUAAGACUCUCUUUUGGGACGUUGUUGCCCUGGCAAGAUCAUUGGGUCUCAGCGUCUGGACCACGAAAUGUAUGAAGUGGGAUCCGAGCCAUUCACGAAAAACUCCUGAACUCGUAGCCCAGAUAUCUGGCAACGUGAAAGAAGUGCCCUGUUUACUCCUACGCAAGAAGGGAUCUGAGCGUUAUAUUCCGCAAACGCACAGCUUCAAGAUCAAAGACAUCUCCCUUGAAUCCGAGGCAACGAAGUGGGCUGGGUUCCGAGUCGAUAAAGACCAGCUGUAUCUCCGUCACGAUUACCUUGUACUCCAUAAUAGCGGGUUUGAAGAGUCUAUGAAGUUCAAAAAGUUGACUAACGCUCAAAGAUCGGGUCUCAACCAGAUUCCUAAUCGACGAUUUACUCUUUGGUGGUCACCUACUAUCAACAGAGCCAACGUUUACGUUGGUUUCCAAGUCCAAUUAGAUCUUACUGGUAUUUUCUUGCACGGAAAAAUUCCAACUUUGAAGAUUUCUCUCAUCCAAAUCUUCCGCGCCCAUCUUUGGCAGAAAAUACAUGAGAGUGUAGUCAUGGAUCUGGCACAAGUGUUUGAUCAAGAAUUGGAGCAGCUUGGCAUCGAGACCGUACAGAAGGAGACUAUUCAUCCCAGAAAGUCUUACAAGAUGAACAGCUCUUGUGCUGAUAUUCUGUUGUUCGCGAGCCACAAAUGGAACGUCACUCGCCCAUCCAUUCUCUUUGACACAAAAGACGUAAUUGAAGCUACCACAACGAACAAGUUCUGGGUAGAUGUUCAACUUCGUUACGGAGAUUAUGAUUCUCACGACAUUGAACGAUACGUCCGCGCGAAAUACCUUGAUUAUACAACCGAUAGUAUGAGUAUUUAUCCUUCGGCCACUGGUCUAAUGAUUGGUAUCGAUCUUGCUUACAAUCUCUACUCGGCAUAUGGACAAUACUUCCCCGGUCUCAAGCAAUUGGUACAGCAAGCUAUGGCCAAAAUCAUGAAGGCAAACCCAGCUCUGUACGUCUUGCGCGAACGUAUUAGGAAGGGUCUUCAAUUGUAUGCGUCCGAAAGUAACCAAGAGUUUUUGAAUUCUCAAAAUUACUCUGAACUUUUCAGCAACCAAAUUCAGCUCUUCAUUGACGACACAAAUGUUUACCGUGUUACUAUCCACAAGACUUUUGAAGGUAACUUGACAACCAAACCAAUCAACGGAGCAAUUUUCAUCUUCAAUCCUCGUACUGGACAACUCUUCUUGAAGAUCAUUCAUACAAGUGUCUGGGCAGGUCAGAAACGUCUGGGACAAUUAGCUAAGUGGAAGACUGCUGAAGAAGUUGCCGCUCUCAUUCGAUCAUUGCCUAUCGAAGAGCAACCGAAACAGCUCAUCGUUACGAGAAAGGGUCUUCUUGAUCCACUUGAAGUACAUUUGCUUGACUUCCCUAAUAUAUCAAUCCGUGCCUCUGAGCUGCAAUUACCCUUCCAGGCCGCCAUGAAGGUCGAGAAGCUCGGUGAUAUGAUUCUUCGUGCCACUGAACCUCAGAUGGUUCUCUUCAAUCUUUACGACGAAUGGCUAAAGUCAAUUUCAUCGUACACUGCAUUCUCUCGUUUGAUCCUUAUCUUGCGUGCUUUGCACGUAAAUCAGGAUAAGACAAAGUUACUCCUUCGACCCGACAAGACUGUGAUCACUCAAGAGCAUCAUAUUUGGCCCACGUUAUCGGAUGAAGAUUGGAUCAAGGUUGAAACCCAACUGCGUGAUCUCAUCUUGAAUGAUUACGGCAAGAAAAACAAUGUCAACACUUCCAGUCUUACCAGUAGUGAAGUACGUGAUAUUAUUUUGGGUAUGGAAAUCAGUGCUCCAUCAAUGCAACGCCAGCAAGCGGCCGAAAUUGAAAAGCAACAACAAGAACAACAGCAGCUUACAGCUGUCACGACCAAGACUCAAAACGUUCACGGAGAGGAUAUUAUUGUCACCACUACCUCGCAAUUCGAACAACAAACCUUUGCAUCGAAGACUGAAUGGAGAACUAGAGCGAUUGCAACUUCGAACUUGAGGACACGAUCUAACAACAUCUAUAUCUCUUCGGAUGACGUCAAAGAGGAUGAUCACUACACUUAUAUCAUGCCAAAGAACAUCUUGAAGCGCUUCAUCACAAUUGCGGAUUUGCGAGUUCAAGUGGCUGGAUAUCUGUAUGGUUCAUCUCCCCCAGAUAAUGACCAAGUAAAGGAAAUCCGCUGUAUCGUAAUGGUACCUCAAAUUGGUAGUACACGUGAUGUACAAUUGCCUCAGCAGUUACCACAACACGAGUAUCUAGACCAAAUGGAACCUCUCGGAAUUAUUCACACCGUUUCUGGUAACGAACCACCAUAUAUGACAGCCAUGGAUGUCACCCAACAUGCACGUCUCAUGAAUGCGCAUAAAUCAUGGGACAAAAAGACGGUUACUAUGACUGUUUCAUUCACUCCCGGAAGUGUCUCACUAGCAUCAUGGGCGCUCACGCCUCAUGGUUAUAAAUGGGGUGCGGAGAAUAAAGAUCUCGGUAGCGACCAGCCACAAGGGUUCAGCACGAACAUGGGUGAGAAAUGUCAACUUCUGCUUAGUGACAAGAUCCGCGGAUACUUCUUGGUACCCGAGACCAAUUCAUGGAACUACAGUUUUAUGGGAAGUGCUUUUGGAAGCUUGGAGAAGAAGCCAAUACACGUGAAGGUCGAUACACCUACGCCUUUCUACAACGACCUACACAGACCAUUGCAUUUCCAGAACUUUGCUGAAUUGGAGGAUAUUUGGGUUGACAAUGAGGACAAGCUUGCUUAG